CUGGACAAAAAAAAUAGGGCCAAAAUCACAGAUUUGGGGUUCUGCAAACCCGAGGCGAUGAUGUCUGGCAGCAUCGUGGGCACCCCCAUCCACAUGGCUCCCGAGCUCUUCACAGGGAAAUAUGACAAUUCCGUGGAUGUUUAUGCCUUUGGGAUCCUGUUCUGGUACCUCUGCUCGGGCCAUGUGAAGUUACCUGAGGCUUUUGAGAGGUGUGCAAGCAAAGAUCACCUGUGGGGGUGCGGCCGGAGCGGCUCCCGGUGUUUGACGAGGAGUGCUGGCAGCUGAUGGAGGCGUGCUGGGACGGGGACUCCUCGCAGCGGCCCCUGCUGGGGAUCGUGCAGCCCAUGCUGCAGGGAAUCAUGGACAGGCUCUGCCGGCCGCCCCCCGAGCACCCCCACAAGGGCCUGGAUGACUCCACCUGAGCGGGAACCGGCGCAGGAUUGCGGGAAUUGAGGCGGGAAUUGGGCAAUUCCAGCCCCGGCCCUGCUGCGGAGCUGCGGGGACAGGGAGGGGCUCCGGGGGGGACGGCUCCAUCCCUAUGGAAUUGUGUGGGACAGGGGGGUGACAGCUCCAUCCCAAUCCCACCCUAUGGAAUUGUUUGGGAUGGGGAGGGGCUCCGGGGGGCACAGCUCCAUCCCUAUGGAAUUGUUUGGGAUGGGGAUAACAGCUCCAUCCCAGUCUUGUUAUCCCUAUGGAAUUGUGUGGGACGGGGAGGGGCUCCAGGGGGGACAGCUCCAUCCCAAUCCUAGCCUGUUAUCCCUAUGGAAUUGCUUGGGACAGGGGGUGACAGCUCCAUCCCAGUCCCACCCUAUGGAAUUGUUUGGGAUGGGGAUAACGGCUCCAUCCCGAUCCCGGUAUCCCUAUGGAAUUGUUUGGGAUGGGGAUAACAGCUCCAUCCCAAUCUUGGUAUCCCUAUGGAAUUGUGUGGGACAGGAGGUGACAGCUCCAUUCCAGUCCCACCCUAUGGAAUUGUUUGGGAUGGGGAUAACAGCUCCAUCCCAAUGCCACCCUAUGGAAUUGUGGGGGACACGGGGGUGACAGCUCCAUCCCGGUCCUGGUAUCCCUAUGGAAUUGUUUGGGAUGGGGAGGGGCUCCAGGGGGGACAGCUCCAUCCCUAUGGAAUUGUGUGGGACAGAGGGUGACAGCUCCAUCCCAAUCCUGGUAUCCCUAUGGAAUUGUUUGGGAUGGGGAGGGGCUCCAGGGGGGACAGCUCCAUCCCUAUGGAAUUGUGUGGGGCAGGGGGGUGACAGCUCCAUCCCGGUCCUGGUAUCCCUAUGGAAUUGUUUGGGAUGGGGAUAACAGCUCCAUCCCAAUCUUGGUAUCCCUAUGGAAUUGUGUGGGACAGGGGGGUGACAGCUCCAUCCCAAUCCCACCCUAUAGAAUUGUUUGGGAUGGGGAUAACAGCUCCAUCCCAAUGCCACCCUAUGGAAUUGUGUGGGAUGGGGGACUGGGUGACAGCUCUGUCCCAAUCCUAGCCUGUUCUCCCUAUGGAAUUAUUUGGGACAGGGGGGGACUCAUGGGGAUAACAGCUCCAUCCCAAUCCUUUUAUCCCUAUGGAAUUCUGUAGGACAGGGGGUGACAGCUCCAUCCCAAUCCCACCCUAUGGAAUAGUUUGGGAUGGGGAUAACGGCUCCAUCCUAAUCCUGUUAUCCCUGUGGAAUUCUGUGGGGCAGGGGUGUGACACGUCCAUCCCAAUCCCAGCCUGGUAUCCCUGUGGAAUUGUUUGGGAUGGGGAUAACAGUUCCAUCCCAAUCCCAUUCUCCCCAUGGAAUUGUGUGGGACAGGGGGAACUCAUGGGGGUGACAGUUCCAUCCCAAUCCUGUUAUCCCUAUGGAAUUGUGUGGGACAGGGAGGGGCUCAAGGGGGUGACAGCUCCAUCCCAGUCCCACCCUAUGGAAUUGUUUGGGAUGGGGAUAACAGCUCCAUCCUAAUCCUGUUAUCCCUGUGGAAUUGUGUGGCACAGGGAGGGGCUCAAGGGGGUGACAGCUCCAUCCCAGUCCCACCCUGUUAUCCCUAUGGAAUUGUGUGGGACAGGAGGGUGACAUCUCCAUCCCAGUCCCACCCUAUGGAAUUGUUUGGGAUGGGGAUAACAGCUCCAUCCCAAUCCCACCCUGUUAUCCCUAUGGAAUUCUGUGGGACAGGGGGUGACAGCUCCAUCCCAAUCCCACCCUGUUAUCCCUA